AUGGACAACCCUGAAUAUUUCAUCAGCUGGGGGUCAGAGAGACACGUUCCACUACGACGAUUCGAAGACCUCCAGCCAAAUCGCCACGACCUUGUUCGGUAUUAUGGAGAGGUCCUUGAGACAGCUCAAACCUUCACACAGCAUUUUUCGAAACAGCCGCUAAAAAGUUACGACAUGGAAAGAUCGCUGAGAAAGAAUAUGGGCUGUGACCCUUCCUGCCUGGAUGAAGAUGAAAACAGCACAUCUAUUUGUUGGUUGGACAUUGUUCGUCAUGGCGAUUUCCAGCAACAAAGUGAUGGAUGUUACCACUGCUUCAUUCAAGGGAAGGUGUUUGUCCACGACCAGGAAUUACACAAUAGGGUCGACUUUUGCCGAAGCCACGCCCUCCAAAUUUCCAAUUCGGGACCAAGCUACGCAGAUGUGGAAAGGGAGGCGGAGGCCACUAAGGAGAUAUUGACUGAUAUCUCCAAGGAACUAAGAGACGUUUUAAAAUAUACGAAGGGUCUAGGAAAACUCCAACGAGCAUUGAAGAUACGCGAUAGCAACCUUCAAUCCCUCCGAGGCCCUACCGUAAUAUCUCCCACAACAACAAGUCCACCACAGUGUCUGACGCCACAUGAGCCUGAUACCACUGUAUCUGUCGAGAGGCCCCGUGCAUCAAGUUCAGCACAGUCAAGCGGGUCGGAAACCACUUCCGACGACGACCAUGAUAAGCCAAUGGCGAUGGGUUGCAGCAGUUCCUCAGAAGACUCAAGUGAGGAUGAGUCAGAGGACGAGGCCACAGAGGACAAAGGGACGGGAGAUGACAGUUCCAAGAAUGACACCAGUCAACUGAGGAACAAUAACUCUGAUAAUGGAGGCAGCGCGGCACCAGAUAAUGCCAUGGUUGUUUCAUUGAACCCUCUGUCCUCCAGGACUCUAUCUUCGAGGUCUCUAAUGGCAGAGGAAAAUAUCAUCUCAACAGGCCAUGCCUCUCUGCUAGGAGACAUUGGAGACGCCGUCUCGGUGAACACCGCGUCCUCGAGAAAUUCAUCGUCCAUAUCUUCGCCAACGGAGAACGAAAAUCGCGUUGCAAUGGAUCUUGUAUCCUCGCAAAAAGCUCCCCAGAUGGAUACGCACCUACCACUCCCCAAAAGUCCGAUUCGCCAGGGGUCCAAUACUCUCAUUGAAAGUGAAGAAGGCCCAUCUCCCCGCGCAGCCAAACGACGGAGAUACAUCGGUGCAUCGAGAGCACAAAAGAAAGUACCAAUGCCCGGUAGGAAGUCCAGUCCUCAAGAGAGAUCGAAUAGUGUGGCCUGGCUGAAGGCCCAUUCAGACAAAAGAUGGACCCAAGGGAGAUUCGAACUCGAAUAUUGCCUCAAAUUUGGCCGUAAACGAGCAUUUAAAACGCUCACGGAUUGGAUGGACAAAGAGAAUUCUCAAGAGGAAAGCAGCCAUAUUGUGGUAUUGAAAGUUCCGAUUCCAUGUCUGCAUGAGGCAUCAUUGAAUGACAAUUCUUCAUAG